ACGGGGCCGGAAGUCUCCCUCUCUCUUCCUGUUCUCCACCAUGGCGCAAGAUCAAGGGGAAAAGGAGAACCCCAUGCGGGAACUGCGCAUCCGCAAGCUCUGCCUCAAUAUCUGCGUCGGGGAGAGCGGAGACAGACUGACCCGGGCAGCCAAGGUGUUGGAGCAGCUCACAGGCCAGACCCCGGUGUUCUCCAAAGCUAGAUACACUGUCAGGUCCUUUGGCAUCCGGAGAAAUGAGAAGAUUGCUGUUCACUGCACAGUCCGCGGAGCCAAGGCAGAGGAAAUUCUGGAGAAAGGCCUGAAGGUGCGGGAGUAUGAGUUGCGGAAAAAUAACUUCUCGGAUACUGGAAACUUUGGUUUUGGAAUUCAAGAACACAUUGACCUGGGCAUCAAAUACGACCCAAGCAUUGGGAUCUACGGCCUGGACUUCUAUGUGGUGCUGGGUAGGCCAGGGUUCAGCAUCGCAGACAAGAAGCGCAGAACAGGCUGCAUUGGGGCCAAACACAGAAUCAGCAAGGAGGAGGCCAUGCGCUGGUUCCAGCAGAAGUACGAUGGAAUCAUCCUUCCUGGAAAAUAAACUUGAUCCAAAAAGCUAAUAAAAUUUUCUCAGAAAUGCAUGUUACAGUUGUGUGUUUGUGAAAGGCGCGUGGCCUCAUUCAGAUCCUGGGACCACAAGCACUUAAAGAAAGCCUCGAUGAGAAUUGCUGGUGGCGGCGGCAGCCUGCGUCCUGGACUCCAGUGUCUCCCCACAGCUGAGACUGAGCAUUGAGUGCCCUGUGGGUGGGCUGUGGUGCAGAGGUCCUUUAAGUGGGUUUUGAGAGGUAUUGGGUUGGUUAGGGUUUGGAUUUGGUUGUAAUUAAGGGCUGGGACAAUGUCCCAGUCCCAGCAGGUGUCCCUUGUUUGUGACUUGGUGUGUGGUGAAGGGACCACAGCUUCUGGUGUGGUGGUAAAGACUAUUUUGGCUUUGUUCAUAGUUGAGUUGCAUUUAAAAUGACACAGUUGGGAGGGAGGCCUUGUUAGGAAGGAAGUCUCACAGGCAAAUUGUCGGAUUAGUCCUCCCUUGAUUAGCUAUGGUAACCUGGAGCAGAUCUGUCUCUUUCACGGAAGCAAUCAUCAGACAACUACUAGGCGUGUGAGCACUUGAAUUUUUUUUUGUGUGUUUUGUUCGUGGAAUCCUAACACAUUAAAACUUGGCUUGUUUUGGUGUGAA